CCUGUCCCUGCCUGGAUUGCUUUGGUUGUGCUCUCUUGUGUUUGUUUCUAGGGCUUUGUGGUUAGCUGUUUUUGGCACCAAAUUUUGGCCAAGCAAGUCUGGGGUUGCAGUUUGGGGGAGUUUUGUUGAUUAAUUGAGCUAAUCAGUCUUGACUUCACUUUGUGCUUCUGUUUUCUUUUUGUUGCAUGGAUGAAUUGUUGUAUGAUGAUCUCUUCUCUUCACCAGAGAUGCAGGCAGGACACCGGUUUUGUAGAGGGGAAACUAGCGAAAUACAGGAGAUUUUUGUCCGUUUUCAGUCGGAUGCCAAAUGAUCGUUCUGUACUUCUGGGAAAUCCGCAGGACUAAAACUAUCUGGACGUGCUUUCGCCUUUCAUCACUAAACAAAAGCACAACCUUCCAAACUCUGUAAUUUCCUUGCCUCAAAUCCCACCAAGACAAAGCAUUAUGCAAGUGUUCCGAGCCCCUGUAGAAAAUCUGAUGUGAACCAAUCCUCAGAAACUUCUGAUCCUGACACACCAACCACCACAGACAGCAACGAUGCACGCAAGCCUACAAGCCACCAUCCAAUGGCUCACACUGUCAGCCAUCCUAUCAGCUGCCAUGGCGGCCGACAACAACAAUUCCUCCACGGCCUCUGCUCCAAUCCUGCUGAACUGUGGAGCCUCCGCCGCGCAAACCGACAACUACAACCGGAGCUGGGACGGCGACGCGAGCUCCAGGUUCGCGCCGUCGGUGAGAGGCCUUCAAGCCAGUGCUGGAUACCAAGACCCUUCGCUCCCAUCACCCGUGCCCUACUCGACCGCCCGCGUCUUCGCGUCAAACUACACCUAUUCCUUCCCCGUUGGCCCGGGCCGCGUGUUCUUGCGCCUGUACUUUUACCCGACCGAUUAUGGCAGCAGAUAUGAUUCCGCGGACGCCUACUUCGGCGUCGCGGCCAACGAUCUGGUCCUCCUGGACAGCUUCAACGCGUCGCAGACCGCCCUCGCGACAAACUUUGCCUACUUGAUUCGAGAAUUCUCGGUGAACGUCACGACGUCGGGCGGGCUGAACCUCACCUUCGCCCCGUCCGCGCGGAAUGGCUCCUACGCAUUUGUGAAUGGGAUCGAGAUCGUGCCAACGCCCGACAUCUUCAAAUCAUCGACGCCUACGACAAAUCCACCCGAUCUAGAUCCUGCGGCUGGGUUCCAGACAAUGUACCGGCUCAACGUUGGGGGACAGUCCAUCACUCCGCAGGGUGAUUCCGGGUUCUACCGUUCUUGGGACAAUGAUGCCCCUUACAUAUAUGGUGCUGGAUUUGGGGUGACCUUCCCCAAGGAUGGAAAUGUCACCAUCACGUAUCCAAGCACCGAGCCAAGAUACACUGCACCGGUUGAUGUCUACGCAACAGCGCGAUCGAUGGGGCCGAACGCGCAGAUCAACCUGAACUACAACCUCACAUGGAUCUUGCCGGUCGACGCAGGGUUUCCCUACUUUUUGAGGUUCCAUUUCUGCGAGAUCCAGUAUCCGAUAACCAAGGUGAACCAGAGGUCGUUCUUCAUCUACAUCAACAACCAGACAGUGCAGAACCAAAUGGAUGUGAUUGUUUGGAGCGGUGGAAUUGGAAGAACGACCUACACCGACUAUCUCGUCUUCACGGUUGGGUCGGGCCAGAUGGACAUGUGGGUUGCACUUCACCCGGAUCUUUCGAGCAAACCGGAGUACUACGACGCAAUCCUGAAUGGCCUCGAGGUCUUCAAGGUGCAGGAUGGAAGGCAGAAUCUUGCUGGGCUCAACCCUCCACUUCCACCGAAGCCUGACCUGAGUCCUGAUGGAGGAUCUAGUGGAGGCAAGCGGAAGAGUUCUGCCCCGGCCGCCAUUGGAGGAGCCGUCGGUGGCGGCUUUGCCGUGCUGUUGUUGGUUGCCUGCCUUGUUGCCUGCGUCCUCUGCAGACGAAAGAAGAAGGUGGCGAAGGAGUUCUCCGGUGGCAAGUCCGACGAUGGACGCUGGACUCCUCUCCCUGAUUUCACCAAGUCAGGGUCGGCGGCCACCUCGGCGAAGACGGCGACCACCGGCACCGGGAGCCACUCGGCGCUGCCGUCGAACCUCUGCCGGCACUUCUCGUUCGCGGAGAUCGAGGCCGCCACCAACGGCUUCGACGGGGCCUUCCUCCUGGGCAAGGGCGGGUUCGGCAACGUGUACCUCGGCGAGAUCGACGGCGGCACCAAGGUGGCGAUCAAGCGCGGGAACCCGAUGUCGGAGCAGGGCGUGCACGAGUUCCAGAAUGAGAUCGAGAUGCUGUCCAAGCUCCGGCACCGGCACCUGGUGUCGCUGAUCGGCUACUGCGAGGACCGGAACGAGAUGAUCCUCGUCUACGACUACAUGGCGCACGGCACGCUCCGGGAGCACCUGUACGGCACCACCAAGAACCCGCCGCUGCCGUGGAAGCAGCGGCUGGAGAUCUGCAUCGGCGCCGCCCGCGGGCUGUACUACCUCCACACCGGCGCGAAGCAGACCAUCAUCCACCGCGACGUGAAGACCACCAACAUCCUGCUCGACGACAAGUGGGUGGCGAAGGUGUCGGACUUCGGGCUGUCCAAGGCCGGCCCCAACGUGGACAACACCCACGUCAGCACGGUGGUGAAGGGCAGCUUCGGGUACCUGGACCCGGAGUACUUCCGGCGGCAGCAGCUCACCGAGAAGUCCGACGUCUACUCCUUCGGCGUCGUGCUGCUCGAGGUGCUGUGCGCGCGCACCGCGCUGAGCCCGUCGCUCCCCAGGGAGCAGGUGAGCCUCGCCGACUGGGCGCUGCACUGCCAGAGGAAGGGCGUCCUCGGCGACAUCGUCGACCCGCUGCUGCGGGGGAAGAUCGCGCCGCAGUGCUUCAUGAAGUUCGCCGAGACCGCCGAGAAGUGCGUGGUCGACCGCAGCGCCGACCGGCCGUCCAUGGGCGACGUGCUGUGGAACCUCGAGUUCGCGCUCCAGCUGCAGGAGAGCGCCGAGGACAGCGGCGGCCUCACCGAGGGGACGUCGGCGAGCACGUCGCCGCUGGUUGUGACCAGGCUGCAUUCGGACGAGCCGUCGACGGACGCGACCACCACUACCACCACCACCACCACCAACACGGCGAGUACGGUGAGCAUCGCCGACCGGAGCAUCGCGAGCGUAGAGUCGGAUGGGCUGACCCCAAGCAACAUCUUCUCGCAGCUCAUGACACCAGAUGGAAGAUGAAGUCGAAUCGCAACUUAGUAUUGGUUCUUGCAGUUCCUCUGUCCAGAUUUUUGGUGUGCCAUUGCUUCCGAAAAACAAAUAAAAUGAAAGAUAUCUCCACAGAAUUCAUGUCGGCCAUAGCUAAAGCUAAUCAGUAUAUAUACUUAUCCUACCCUGCUAGUUGUUAUGCAUCAGCAAGGACUAAUUCGCAGUGAUUCUAUAGGUACCUCUUAAGUAGCUGGGGGUUGAGAUUCAUAACCUCCUAAUGAGUUGUAAUCUUCCACAAAUGUAUGAAGGAUAUUACCCAUUCA